CUUGCGUAUCAGUCAGUCGCGGUUUGAAGCGUGCACGACGCGAUCGCUCUGUCGUCGCACCUCCUAUUUAUUUAUACGCGACGUAAAUAACAUCGCGAAGUUUAACAAAAAUAUUUAUUUUUACAAAACAAAUGACUUGUAUUGAAAGUGCGUGGAAUUAAAAUAUACGAGCCAAUGGAUCACUUGCAUUCCGAACUUCAACAAGUAACGACGAAGACAAAAGUGUCCCUAUAAUUCCUAUAAGUUACAAAGUGUGAGCGAGACAGAAUAUUUAGAAAGUGACAACAAUAUCCGUGUUUGGGAGAAAGUGAAACCGCGUUUAGUGAGUGCUGAGUUUAAGAUGACGCCUAGUCCAGAAGAUUUGAGUAUUUUGGGGGGCAAUAAUAAUGUUGUGCCCUUAUUGCCGCGACCUACUGUGGAACUGGAGUUCAGUAAUAUAACUUGCAACGUCAACGUGUUUAUUGCCAACAAGCUACGAAUUGAAAACAAAGAGAUCCUGAAGGGAGUAUCAGGAUGCUUCAAACCAGGACAGCUGACGGCCAUCAUGGGGCCUUCUGGUGCCGGCAAGACUACACUCCUCAACAUUCUUGCUGGUUACUCAACCCGUGGUGCUAAAGGUGAGAUAUCUGUGAAUGGAAUAUGCGCCUGCGCUUCGAAGGCGACUGGCCGUGGAGGAGCGCGCUACAUCAGACAACACGAUGAUCUUCGUGAGCACCUCACUGUGUACGAAGCCAUGUCUCUUGCCGCUGCACUGAAACUGGCUGAUUUUAAUGCCCACGAGAGGAAAGAAAAGGUGCACGAGAUCCUCGCCUUAUUAGGUUUGAGUAAUACAUCGCUAACUCUCUGCCGAGACUUGUCCGGAGGUCAAAGGAGACGACUGGCUGUGGCCUUGGAGCUACUCUCUGAUCCCUCGCUCAUGUUCCUCGAUGAACCCACCACCGGCUUAGAUUCAUCAGCAUCAGCAUCUCUAAUUGUUUUGCUGAACAACCUCGCGAGGGGUGGGAGGACGCUCAUAGCCACCAUCCACCAACCUUCAGCUCUCAUCUUCGAGAAGAUUGACACUGUGUACUGCUUGCAAGCAGGGAGAACGUUGUAUAAUGGACCCAGGAGUAGUUUGGUGCCAGCUCUAGCCAGUGCUGGGAUGACGUGUCCAGCAUACCAUAACCCUGCUGAUUUCUUAAUGGAGGUGGCAUCAGGAGAAUAUGAUGUGGAUUUGGAAAAAAGCGCUCAAAUUAUGAGCCAGUUCAAACCAGAUCUAACUACUAAUGCCAACGGCAGUUGGGAAAAUCACAUUCCUACUAUACCUGCGCUGCCCAGCCCUCUAGAUAUAAGAUCAGACUUAAAACAAAAACAGUCGUUGCUGAGCCCUAACUACAAACAGCGGAAACUAUCGAAGAAUAUCUACAGACAAUCUGGAUUAUUACGACAAACAUGGAUUUUGUUAUAUAGGAACUACUUAAUGACUACGAGAAACUAUUCGUUAUUUAUGUACCGUGUUGCUGCGCAUGUGGUCAUCGCUCUUAUCUUCGGUUACUUGUAUUUCGGGGUAGGCAGUGAAGCAGGCUCUGUGCUUGGCAACUACGUCUAUCUGUAUGGAUCUAUGCUGCUUGUCGUCUACACUGGAAAAAUGUCUGUCACAUUAUCAUUUCCGUUAGAAAUGGAUAUUUUGAGAGGGGAGUACUUCAAUCGCUGGUACAACUUAGGACCAUACAUAGUAUCAAUAUUGGCCGUGGAAUUACCUUUCCAGAUGAUAUCAUGUGUAUCAUACGUGGUACUAUCUUACUGGCUGACUGACAACCCCCUGGAGCCUACGAGAGCAACCCUAUUCCUUGCCACUAUAGUGGCCACGUCGCUGUGUGCACAGGCAUGGGGUUAUUUCAUCGGAUCCACUACACCUACCAGGAUUGCAGUAUUCAUCGGUCCAGUCCUCGCGUGUUUGUUCUCUGUGUUUGGUUUCUGUCUGGCACUCGUGGACACUCCCUAUCAAUUCCGUUGGCUUCAUCAUAUUUCAUACUUCAGAGCUGGAUUCCACGUUGCCGUACAUUCUGUUUACGGAUUUAACAGGACUAGGAUGCAUUGCUCGAAAGAGUAUUGCCACUACAUCACACCAAAGACUUUCUUAAAAGAAAUGGACAUGGAAAACAUUGACGUUGGAGAAAACAUGGCGCUGGUCCUUUCAACGACAGUCCUAAUGCACGCUUUGACAGCUGCCGCGUUAUGGUACAGAUUAAAUAAAAGAUGAAUAAGGACUUGUUGGACGCCAUCUUGAAAUAUUGGAUUGGGUUUUUAAUCUAUAGUAUUAGUUUAGAUACCGCGGGAACAGAGUAAACAUCAGCUAAUGACACUGACAAGUUGAUUCUUGUCUAUUUUGACUUUAGUAAUGAAGCUAAUAAUUAUAAUGCUACUUAUCUAUGGAACGUUUUUUGUUAGUAAAAUAUUAUGUUACUCUCUGUUCACGCGGUCUAUAGUUCCCUAUUUAUUUAGUGAUAGCAAUGUACUUAGUUUAAUUUUAACAAUGAAAGUUAACGCAGGCGCUAGAGAAUUUGUGAUAUUUCAUUAGGUACUUACGAUUUUUUCUGACUAACUUGUCGAGUAUUUUAUGACUUUGUGAUUAUUUUUGUUCGAAUUAGUUUUUGACGACACUUCAGAAUAACCUGAAUAACAACACACUAAUAAAAUAAGACGUCGAACAAUAAUGGUCAUAAAGAUGUUAUUAAAGUUCAUGCACAAAUACAGUACUCAUGUUUACAAUAAUUUUGAAGUCUUGCCUUUUUAGUUUAUAAAAUAGAUCUGACUCCAUGACUGAUAAUAAUGAAUUUAUGUAAUAAAGGCCUUAUUUCUAAUAUUUUUCAUGCAAUCGUUUUUCUAUAACUUAGAAUUCUUGGGUUUAUAUUUUGUAUCUUAUUCUUAUUUUUCCGAAAUUCUUAUUAUUUAAAUCAAUUCAUUAAUAUAAUCUUUUUAAUUAUUUUCACACGAAUUAUAAGUGAACCACCACACUUGCCUAAAAUCAUAAAUAAAUAUAUAUUUUUAUAACAAUCGUAAGCAAGUAUUAAAUACAUUAUAUUUCGCGAUAUAAUGUGAAUUAUGUAGUAGUUAAAUUAUUUUUUAUGUGAUAAUAAUUAUAUUUAAAAGGAAUUGUGUUAGAUUAAUUUAUAAUUACUUAGUAUUAAUUGAAUAGGUUUAUUUUAUGACGAAUUAAAACUUUGAGAUAUAGGCGUAUAGCAUUAAGAUGAAAAAUACUAUGAAAUUUAAAAACAAAUUUGCGAGAUAUAAUGCUGGUUACAGUAUGAAUAAAUGAUAAACAAUAUUAAAAUAUCUAAUACCAAAAAAUAAACAAGGCUCUUCAUGAGGCACCCAAAUGACAGCCUUGGUAAACAGUGAUAGUUUUUGGUUUAGCUACUCACGUAAUUGUUUAACGAGAAAGUCGACUAGUUUACUAGCUACUACCCGAAAACAUAAUAACUAAAUAUGUCUCACAGAAGUUGUAAUAAAAACAUUUAAAAGAACUUUACGAAAUAUCAAUCGACAUGACAUAAAAAAACCGUUUUCUAAGAGCCUUGUCACAAAAAACAAUUUUCCUUAUAACAAUCGCAAAUUUGUUUUUACCUUUUAGCAAUAGGUACAUUAACAAAAACAUUGAAUUUGACCAAUCAGAUAACGUUGGCCAUAAGAUAAGCCUACCAAAUGAAUAUGAAACAAUGACUCAUUUCUCUAAAGAGUUCUCUUAAUAUUACCUACAUAUGAAUCAUAUUAUGUUUCAUAUAUUAUCUAUGAUACGAAUCUCAUAGGUGAUCGGAGAUUUACUGACUGAUAAUAUUGAAUGACAGCGAUUACCGAAUAAAUAAAAUGUAUCCAGUGAU